UAUGAGGUGGACUUUCUAUAACUUCUUUUUCUUGUUCUUUUGUAAUUUUUUCUUCAAUCUUUUCUUUUUCUAUCGGACCAGUGGCUGUAGUAGUAGAAGUAGUAGUGGUACAGCCUAUGUUGUCGAAGAAUUCCUGAAGAAUAUUUUCAAAUUCUUCAUCCGCGGGAAUUUCAUGCUUUAUCUUCUUAGGUGAUG